CGGGCGCCAGUAAGCUCAAGUAUAUCUAACUUCUUAUGGCCAUGCAUGGAAACAAGAGUGCUCCGGCGGUUACUAAGAAAGCUGAGGCUGAGAUCGCCAAUGACAUGCGUCCAUUCCUGAUAAGGUUCAAGGACGGCCGCAUCAAGCGGCUUGCGACCAGCACCUUCGUGCCGGCGUCCGAGGCGCCAGGGGCAACCGGGGUUGCAACGAGGGACGUCGUCAUCGACCCUGGCACCGGCGUGUCCGCGCGGCUCUUUCUUUGUGUUGGUGCAGUCACGACGGGCACGAGGCUCCCGCUCGUGGUCUACUUCCAUGGCGGCGCCUUCUGCACCGGGAGUGCCUUCUCCGAGUUGUUUCACAGUUACGCCGCCUCCCUGUCGGCGCGCGCAAGGGCGCUUGUCGUCUCGGUGGACUAUCGGCUGGCGCCGGAGCACCCCAUCCCCGCGGCCUACGACGAUGCGUGGGCGGCGCUCCGGUGGGUGGCGUCCCUCUCCGACCCUUGGAUCGCCUACCAUGCCGACCACAAGCGCAUGUUCCUUGCUGGCGAGAGCGCCGGCGCCAACAUCGCGCACAACUUAGCGGUGCGUGCUGCCUUCCCAGACGGCAACAACAUCGACAUCGACGUCGAGGGCAUUGUCCUCUUGCAGCCCUUCUUCUGGGGCCCAGAGCGACUGCCAUCCGAAACGAACCGGCACGAUGGGCCGAUAUUCGUGCCGGAGUUUGUGGACACCCUCUGGCCAUUCCUGACGGCGGGAGCGGCUGGCAACGACGAUCCCCGCAUCAACCCGCGGGCAGACCAGGUGGCGUCGUUGCGGUGCCGGCGCGCGCUGGUCGCCGUGGCAGCGAAGGACGUGAGCAGGGACCGCGGGUGUCGGUACGCGGCAUGGCUGCGCCACGGCGAGUGGUGCCGUGAGGUAACGCUCGUGGUGUCAGAGGGCGAGGACCACGGGUUCCACCUCUACCGGCCGGCACGCGCCAGCGCCGUGGCGCUCAUGGACCACGUCGUCGAGCUCAUCAACGGGAGGGCGCCGUUGCCGAUCACCAACGCCGAAACGGAGCUCCCCCACGAGCACCCUGCGGCCACGAUGCAUUUGCUUGCGCGGGAUGGCACGAAUGAACUUGCGGUUGGACGUGCAAAAUCAUUGGCAACAAGUGUUGCACUGGAGCCGGGCCGAGUCAGUUCUACUAACGUAGUCCAACAGGGUCCAUUUCCUGCUGCAGCACUGGGAAGAUUUGUGGCUAGGAGCUGUCUGUAGCGCUUGGGCCAAAACUUCAUCUCACCUAAGCGUCAUGUCUCUAAAUUCGAAGGAAACAGUUGUGUCAGUGGUGCAAAUAGAGAUGGCCCCUGUUAAAUGGUGCCUAUAUCUACAUAAAUAAAAUGGAAUCUUGCGAUCCAAUGGC